CCACACAUUAAGUAAAAAAUAAAAAAUAAAAAAAAAAAAAAAUAAAAAAAAAUAAAGACCCCCUCCUUAUCCCAUUCUAUAAAUAACAAUUCACAUCCACCACCCUAUCAGCCCACAAGAUUCCAAGAUUCCUUAUUAUUCCUCAUUUCUUUCCAAUCUCUUUCCUAUGUACUUCGCCCAUUGUUUCUAAUCCAACCUACAACGAACUCUCUUCAUUCACUCACUCACUCACUCCCACUUUCAUCAUCAAUGAAUCUCUUUUCAAUAACCUCCCAUUCUUAACAACCCAAACCCACCACCACCACCACCACCACCACCACAAAGAACACCCCAAUUCCAUUCCAAAAAAUGGGCGAGCUCCAAGAAAACACCACCACCAGCAGCAGCUGCUCUGAUACUAACAGCAGCGAUCAAGAAGCUACCGCACGCAAACUCAUACUGAGCCGGUACGAGCUCGGACGUCUUCUCGGCAAAGGCACUUUCGCCAAAGUCUACCACGGCCGAGACCUCACCACCGGCGAAAGCGUCGCCAUUAAAAUCCUCUCCAAAGACCAAGUCCUUCGCGAACCUUCAAUGGCCGACCAAAUCCAACGCGAGAUCUCCAUCAUGCGUUUAGUCCGCCACCCCAACGUUGUAGAACUGAAAGAAGUCCUCGCCACCCGCUCCCGCAUCUUCUUCGUUCUUGAACUCGCCCGCGCCGGCGAACUCUUCGCCCGCGUCUCCCAAGGCCGUCUUCCUGAACCCGAAGCUCGCCGGUACUUCCGCCAGCUCCUCUCCGCCGUCGACUUCUGCCAUUCUCGUGGCGUCUCCCACCGCGAUCUCAAACCUGAGAACCUUCUUCUCGACCACAAUGGCGAUCUCAAGGUCUCCGAUUUCGGUCUCUCGGCUCUCCCCGAGCAGCUCCGCCACGAUGGUUUGCUGCACACGCAGUGUGGCACGCCGGCGUACGUCGCGCCGGAGGUCCUCCGCCGGCGGGGUUACGAUGGGGCUAAAGCUGAUCUUUGGUCUUGUGGCGUUAUUCUUUAUGUGCUUCUCGCCGGAUUCCUUCCGUUCCAGGAUGAGAACCUUAUGAAGAUGUACGCCAAGGUUUUCCGAGCUGAUUACCAGAUUCCGCCGUGGUUCUCGCCGGAGGCUCGCCGGCUUGUCUCGCGUCUCCUUGUCGCCGAUCCGGUGAAGCGGAUCUCUAUUCAAGGCAUCAUGGAGAUGCCUUGGUUUAGAAAACCAUUUAUCCCUCGCGCCCUUUCAUUGUCGCCGGUCGAGGUCGGCACCGGCGCUGGCGGCGGAGAGGAAAGCGUGGGUUCCCCGAGGUUUUACAACGCGUUCGAGCUGAUUGCGUCGAUGUCCGGCGGGUGGGAUCUUUCCGGGUUGUUUGAGAAGAAGAGGAAGAGUGGGACGGUGUUCACGUCGAGGUUGCCGGCGGCGGAGAUACUGGAGAGGUUGGAGGAGGUGGGGAGAGGGUUAGGGUUUGGGGUGGAGAAGGGGAAGGGAGGGUAUGGGGUGAGGAUGGAGGGGAGGGAGGAGAGGAGAGGGAGGUUGGAGGUGGUGGCGGAGGUGUUUGAGGCGGCGCCGGAGGUGGCGGUGGUGGAGUUUUUCAAGAUCUCCGGCGAUGCCCUUGAUUUUGCGAAGUUUUGUGAGGACGAUGUACGGCCGGGCCUCAAGGACAUCGUGUGGACGUGGCAAGGGGAUGAUGGCGGUGACCCAGCUACAGCUCACCGCCCGGUGAUGGGAUUAUAGAGGAACUUUGUUUGUUUGAUUGAUUAACUUUUUUUUAUAUAUUUUGUUUUAUUUUUAUUUUUAAUUUUGUUUUUUGUUGAUUAAUUAAUUGUUGUUUAGUUUGUGUUUUAGUGUGUUGUAAAUU